AUGGGGCCCGGGAUGCUUUCGCGGUCGCUGCUGCUGCUGUUGCGCUGCCGGCGGGCGGCAGCGGCGGCUCUGGGCGCUGCCCGCUGGCAACGCCGGCCCCUGCCCACCCGCCCGCUCAGCGCCGCCGCUCGGCUCGGGGCUCCGCGCCCGCCGGGCACGGGCGGCGGGGGGCGGCGCAAGGGGGCGGCGGGGACCGGCGGGCAUGGAAGAGAAGAAGAAGAAGAGGAGGAGGAGGAGGAGGGGGAAGAAGAAGAAGACGAGGAUGAGGCGGAGCUGGAGGAGCUGCUGGGCCCCUCUCCGCUGGCCCUGGAGCCCGGCGCGCAGCGCGUUUUCAUCGUGCACCCCGCGGUCAAGUGGGGCCCGAGGAAGUCGCCGCUCACCACGGCUGAAUUACAGAUUGCUGAGGCCGUCGCUCUUGUGGAUACUCUUCAGAAUUGGACGGUAUUAGAUAAAAUAAUUAUUCCUACAAAAAAUCCUGACAAGAAGUUUGUUUUUGGCAAAGGAAACUUUCAGGUUUUGACAGAAAAGAUUAAAAAAUUGCCAAACCUCACAGCUGUCUUCUUGAAUGUGGAAAGAAUAUCUUCACUGACAAAGAAAGAACUAGAAGGUGCCUGGGGCGUGAAAGUCUUUGACAGAUACACCAUUGUACUUCACAUUUUUCGUUGUAAUGCCCGGACUAAAGAAGCAAAACUGCAGAUAGCUUUGGCCGAAAUUCCACUUCUCAGGUCAAAUCUGAAAAAUGAGGUGUCUCAGCGAGAUCAGCAGAGAGGUGGAUCAAGAUAUAUCAUGGGCUCAGGCGAAACAUUUAUGGAAACACAGAAUCGUAUCUUGAAAGAAAGAGAACUUAAAAUUAGGAAUGCCCUGGAAAAACUAAGAAGAAAAAGGUCUUUACUUAGAACUCAGCGCAGAAAACGCGAGUUUCCAGUGAUCUCAGUCAUGGGCUAUACUAACUGUGGAAAAACUACUUUGAUCAAAGCCUUGACUGGGGAAGCAGGACUUCAACCCAGGGAUCAGCUGUUUGCCACUCUCGAUAUUACAGCCCAUGCUGGCUCUCUGCCCUCACAUAUGGCAGUUAUUUAUGUUGACACCAUUGGGUUUCUGACUGAUCUUCCCCAUAAUCUGGUUGAGUCCUUUUCAGCUACAUUAGAAGAAGUGGCUUACUCAGAUCUGAUAGUUCAUGUGAGGGAUAUUACUCAUCCAGAAACCAUCCUGCAGAAAGCAACUGUUCUGUCAGUUCUGAAGAAUCUUAAUCUUCCCAGCCGUUUACUGGACUCAAUAGUAGAAGUUCAUAACAAAGUGGACUUGAUAGAAAGGUAUAAACCCACUGAAGAAAAUACUUUAGCUAUUUCUGCUCUACAUGGGCAUGGUUUAGAAGAACUGAAACAAGAAAUAGAGAAGAAAAUACUGACAGCAACAGGGAAGAUUCUGACAAUUACCGUCAACUUAGAGGGACCUCAGCUAAGUUGGCUAUAUAAAGAAGCAACAGUUCAGGAAGUAGAAGUCAUGCCUGAAGAUGGCACAGCCAGGGUGAAGGUGAUAAUCAGCAGUUCUGCUCUGGGCAAAUACAAAAACCUCUUUCCCAACAGUAAGAUUUUCAUGUCAUGAAACUGCAUCGUUUUCUAAGAAAAGAAACUGGUAUCGUUAGAAGGAUGCAAAAUGAAGUUAAUGACCUGUUAGUCACAGUAUUGAGGAGAUUAUUUUUCUUCCCCUGUUGGUGUUUCUGACACAUUUCAGAAAUGGACACUAUUUCAGAAAACUUCUGUUUGGAAACAAUAAGAGCUUUGAGCUUAAUUUUAUCAGCAAGUGCAAGGACAAUACUAAAUUUUUUUAUGUUAAAACUGUUACUGGCUAUAAGCUGUGGACCUCAAACACAUGGAAUGGCAUCUGACUUAACCUUCAGAAAAGUACCAAGUUUCUUAUAUCAUAUAAAUAAAGCUUUUUACCUCCUUUUUCAGAAUAAAAUAUUUAUUACAGUUGUUUCAGAUGGUCUUUGGAAAAUGAAAGUAGGUGAGCAAAAUGUUGUUGUAUAUAAAUAAGUAUGUAUUCAAGCAGGAUGCAUGAAAAUGAAUAAAAUAACUGCCAUGUCUUAUUGCAGUGAAGCAAAAACUCCACAGAUUUGUAUAUUAAAGUAUUGAAUAAAGGUAGCUAUGAACACCUUUUA